UCAGAAGGUUUCUCGCUCCAGGUCCUUGAGUGAUACCCAUUCUGCUUUCUCCUGCAUGCCUGGCCUCCAGAAGAUGCCCAGGAGGGACCUGCUUACCCCACGGACACUUGUGGUGCUGCUGCAGCUGGCGCUUGUCCCAUCACAGCUGGCAGGCUGCCUCCUCAAUCCCUGUUUGGAGGUCGUCCCUGACAAAGCUUUCAGAUGCGUGGGACUGGACACCUCUGGAGUUCCCCCUGAAGUCCCAAAUACCACCCAGAGCUUGGAUCUCAGUUUCAACAAUCUGAAAUCACUGGGAUCCAAUUAUUUUUCAUCAGUCCCUGAACUGCACCUUCUGGAUCUUACAAGGUGCCACAUCCAUACAAUAGAAGAUAACUCUUUUCAGGAUCUUCAUAAACUUUCCACCUUAAUUUUAACUGCCAAUUCCCUCCAGUACCUGGGGACAGCAGCCUUCUAUGGCUUAACAUCUCUGAAAAAACUAGUCUUGGUGGAAACCAACAUAGCCUCUCUGACUGACCUACCCAUUGGACACUUGCAUACCCUGCAGGAGCUGAACUUGGGCAACAACAACAUUGCUUCAUUGAAGCUUCCCAAGUAUUUCACCAACCUGACCUCUCUCAGGCACCUGAGCUUUCUCUCUAACAAGAUCACACAUAUCUCCAAAGGAGACCUUGAUGCCCUGAGGGAAGCAAACAGGCUCAACCUCACACUGGUGCUUUCUUUAAAUAAUAUAAAGUACAUACAACCAGGGUCCUUUGCAAAGAUUCACCUUGCUGAGCUGGUUCUAAGGUCCUCUUUUGAGAACUUCAGUGUGAUGCAGACUUCCCUUCAAGGCCUGACUGGUUUACAGGUCAACAGACUAAUAGUUGGAGAAUUCAGUGACAGGCAGAGACUGGUAGACUUUCAGAGGGGACUCUUGAGUGGACUGUGUCAGGUACAAAUGCAAGAGUUUGUCUUAAUCUGCUUCAGGGGGUUUGAGGAUGAUACAGACACUCUUUUUAACUGCAUAGGCAAUGUCUCCAGUAUUCGGCUGGUGGACCUCCAUCUUGAAGAAGUGUCAGAGGUUCCUAUGUUCUCCCAAGUGAAACAUCUGGAGUGCAAGAAAUGCAAGUUUAAGGAAGUGCCGGCUGUGAAGCUGUCUCUUUUCAAAGAGCUGAGAGUGCUUCGUAUUACCCAGAGCAAACACCUCAAUAGCUUCAGGCAGAAAUUUGAGAGUCUAAGUAACUUGGAGGUCAUUGAUUUCAGUGAGAAUCGUCUCUCCUUCACUGGUUGCUGUUCCCCUCAGUUUCGCAAGUGUCCAAAUUUGAAACACUUGAACCUAAGCUUCAAUUCUGACAUCAGUGUGACUGGGGAUUUCACUAACAUGAAGAAUUUGUUAUAUUUGGACCUUCAGCACACAAAGUUAUUUGGUCCUGGCUCCUACCCUGUCUUUCUAUCCCUUCAGAAACUCAUUUACCUUGAUAUUUCCAAUACCAGAACUCAUGUUAAGUCCCAGUGUACGUUUUGUGGCUUAAACUCUUUGCGAGUGCUCAAGAUGGCAGGCAACUCCUUUCAGAACAACAAAUUGGCCAACAACUUCAAAAACCUAACUCACCUCCACACCUUGGAUAUUUCAAGUUGCAAAUUAGUACAGGUGGAUCAAAGUACAUUUGAUGCUCUCUCUGAACUAAAAGAGCUGAACAUCAGCAACAAUAAGCUGCUGAGCUUUGAUCCUGUGGUCUACAAGCCGCUCCAAGCCCUCACAGCCCUGGAUUUCAGCCACAACCAGCUCAGUGUUCUUUUGGACUCAGCCCUGGAAAUCCUGCCUAAUAGUCUGGUCCUGCUAGAUAUCUCUCAAAACCUGUUUGAAUGCUCUUGUGUACACCUGAACUUUCUGAAAUGGAUCAAGGAAAAGCAGGAGCUGCUGCAGAACGAGGAGUCGAUGAUAUGCCAUACGCCUGCAUACACGAAGAACAUGAGCUUGUUAAGCUUUGAUCUGUCCUCCUGCCAACUCAGUGCAACCACAGUGACAUUCUUAGUGAUCAUGUUGCCCGCUGCAACGGUGUUCCUUUUCCUGAUUUACAAGUACUACUUCCAGCUAUACUACUCCUUGGUGCUGCUCAGUGGGUGUAAACACUCUGCAGAAAGGGGUGACACCUAUGAUGCAUUUGUUAUCCACUCCAGCAAAGACCAAGAAUGGGUGAUAAAAGAGCUGGUGGAACCCUUAGAAAGAGGAACACCUCCCUUCCAGCUUUGUCUUUACUACAGGGAUUUCCUACCAGGGGUACCCAUUGUCACCAAUAUCAUUCAAGAAGGUUUUCUGAGUAGCAGAAAUGUCAUUGCAGUCAUCUCUACUAACUUUCUGGAGAGCAAAUGGUGUAGCUUUGAGUUUGACAUUGCCCAGUCCUGGCAGCUUGUUGAAGGAAAGGCUGGAAUCAUCAUGAUUGUAUUAGAAGAAGUAAAUAAGGACUUGCUGAGGCGGAAGCUGGGGCUGUCCCGAUACCUGAGGAGGAACACCUAUCUGGAGUGGAAAAACAAGGAAAUCAGCAGGCACAUAUUCUGGAGGCAGCUCACUGGAGUCCUGCUAGAAGGCAAAAAGUGGAAUCACGAGGAGGUAAAGCUCAUGUGAAGAGAAAGAGAGAUUCUUUCUUCUGUCCUGUCUCC